AUGAGUUCCUUGCAACUGGUUUUUCCACUUGUUUUGAUUUUCAACUUGAUCUUCAUCAUUCAACAUUAUUCAUGUGAUGCUCAAGACCUAAAGAGAUGUAGAUUUGAUGCAAUAUAUCAAUUAGGGGAUUCAAUAUCAGACACUGGUAAUUCUAUCGUAGAGAUUCCUCAAGCUUACCAUGCCAGAUUUCCCUAUGGUCAAACAAUUAACAAAGCAACUGGUAGACCUUCUGAUGGAUUUCUAAUGAUUGAUUAUAUUGCGCAAUCAGCUGGUCUUCCACUGCUUGAGCCAUAUGAGAAUCCAAAUUCAAGUUUUAGUCAUGGAGUGGAUUUUUCCGUCGCUGGUGUUACUGCAUCAACUGUUAAAACUCUAAUAAAGUGGCAUAUUCCACUUCCAUACUCUAACAACUCUCUUAGUGUACAAGUUAAAUGGUUGAAGAAGCAUUUGUCCACAUUUUGCAAUGUCAAAAAAGAUUGCCAUAGGAAACUCAAAUCAGCACUUUUCAUGGUUGGGACAAUUGGAGCCAAUGAUUAUGACUUUGCAUUUUUCCAAGGAAAAAGCAUUGAAGAGGUAAAAAAGGUCAUGGUGCCUAGAGUUAUACAAACUAUUAAGACUGCUAUCCAAAAAGUUAUUGAUUAUGGUGCUUUUCGAGUGGUUGUACCUGGAAUCUUUCAAUUGGGUUGUACACCGAGCUUACUUACUGCGUUUUCAUCAAAUAAUUCUGUUUAUGAUGCACAUGGUUGUCUAAAAGAUUACAAUGACUUCUUUAUGUAUCACAAUAAUCAUCUACAAGUAGCAUUACAAAAAAUAAGGAAGAAGAAUCCUCAUGUACGCAUUAUAUAUGGUGAUAUUUAUGGUGCUCUCCAAUGGGUUUUGGAUAAUCUUUCAAAUCUUGGUUAG